GACUCAUUUUUGAGAGAAUUGGUGACCAAGCUUGGGAUUUUCUCUUUCUUUCUUGCUCAAUCACAAGAUUUGGGGCUUAGAAUCUUCCUUCUCAACCCAAAAAAUCUCGGUUCUGCUCUGUUCUUCUCCCUUGUCCGUCGGGUUCUGCUAGGUUUGAAUCCUUCGGCUUUUUCUGGAAUUUUGUUAAUUGGGCUGUUGUGAUGUUUUGUGUGAAAAUCCCGUGUGUGUGAGUUGUGAUUUGCCAAGUCAUGCCCUCCAUGUGCUACCCGUGAGAUUGGGGAAAUUUUGGUAGCUUUAAGCUAUGUUUUAAGUAUGGUUUAAGGAGAAAAUUAGCUUAUUUGAGAAACCCCGUGAAUUAGCUAUGUUUUGUCAAUUUUGGGAGUUGAAGUUACUGUUCAUGAGGAUAAGUUUGGAGAUGUCCGGUUAUGUGGAGAUUGAUAGAAAUAGCACCGUGAUUAGGGGUAGUGCUAAUGAUGAUUUCACUGUGAAUUUGUGGUGGUGCGGUAUUAACUUUGGAAUAUUGUGAUUAGGUUUUGAUCGUUCUAUCACCGUAGCACUUGGAUUAGCCUUCUGUUAUGUGCGAGUAAGGUAAGUAAAUCAUGGUAAAGCCCUUCGAUUUUAAAGCAUGUUUUAAACUGUUUUUGAGAUGGUGGCAAGGUUUAAAUUGAUUUUAAAUUGAUUUUAUCAGCAUUUGAAUGUGAUUAAACUGAAAUGGAAAUUGUGAUGGUUUUUAUGAGAAUUUCACUGUUUUCUAGAAUUGAGCAUGAUUGAAAUGAAAAGUGAGAAUUUCAUUGUUUUUCUGGAGUUAUUGCACCGAGCAUGAUUGGUUUGAAAUGAAACUGUUUUCAUUGGUAUUGAGUAGAGCAUGCCUAUUUGGAAUUGAUUGAACUGUUUUGAUGAACCGAGAGUUACAAAUUCUGAGUUUUCUGAUAAAUCCAUGCCCACAUGGAUUUUUCUGGGUAUUUCUAAAAUUGGGAUUGAUUGUGAAAUUCGGGUUCUCUGUAAACUCUGCAUGGUUUUGUCUCAGAUAUAGUCAUGAUUACUGAUUACUGUGCCCGCUAGUGGGAGGUUUAUAAACGCUAGCACAUGUC